AUGAGUCUUAUAUAUAAGCAUCAUCUAAUAUUGCCAGAAUUCAAGUUAAAUGAAACUAUUCCAUUUCAAAACUCUUAAUCCAAUAGCAUCAAUACUUUAAAAUCAUCUCAAAAGACAUAAAUAACUUAAAGAACACUCUUGGAAAAAAUUCUUCCAGUUUAACAUAGUCUUAUUGAGAAUAAUGAUUUUAGUUUACCUCCUAUUAGAAAAUCUAAUUCUAAUGAAAGACCAAAACUACCUCUUUUAACUGUUAGAUCAUCAGUAUCUGAUGAAAAAACAAUGAAAGAUUAUUUAGAUCAUCUUAAUACAUUAAGAUCUCAAAGAAAUACUCAAAAGUAAACUAAAUUCAAAAAAGUGAGAACAGAAACAGAAAUUGUAUAAUAUGGAGAUGUUAAAUUUAAGAGAGUAAAAGAAAAUACUUCAAAGAAAUCAAUUGCUGUAUUUCUUAAUAUUAAAAAUCCAUAAUCUUAAUCUUAUAUCAAAUUUAGUUAACAGAUAUAUUAACUAACUCAUAAUCUUGGCAAAUUAAAAGUAUUAAUAUCUAUAAUUAUAGGAUUAUAUAAAUAAUGAUAGAAAAUUAUUUUAAGUAAUUAAACAACUAAUUGGAUUGAGAAAGAAUCUACGUAAAGUAAUGUUAAAAUAAAAUGGAGAUGAAUUAAUAGACUUUUAAGAUAUAAGUAAAAUGUGUUGUGUAAGAGAAAUUCAAUAUGUUUUUGGUGAAUAAAAAAUAGUAGAUAAAUUUGAUUUAUCAUUAUACGAUGAUUUAGUAUAUUUAACAGACAUGAUAGGAAAUCUAUUAUUAUAAAAUGAGAUUCAAUCCAUUAAUCGUAUUAGUGAAAAUGUAACCUACUAUAAUAUAAAUAUAAGAUUAUGAAAGAAACAGAAUAAAUCUAAAAAAUAUAAUCCUAAUUGGGAAUGGGUGAAGAUGAAUAAAAAUUAUCUGUGUAAACUCUUCCAAUGAAACGAUUCAAAAUUCAUGAUGAAAUUGAAUAAAUUGAAUAAAAACUUGGUCCCAUGCAAUUAAUAUCCAAAUAAGUAAGGUAAACAUCAAUGGUUUUAAGUAAAGUAAUUAGUGGUUUAAAUGAUUGA